UUAUAUAUAAAUAAGUGAACGUCAAAAUAAACUAAUGCCGAAGUUAGCCUAGCAGACACGUCGCCCGGUACAGCACAUUCAAUAACGAUAUUAAAAUUAACUUGCAAACAAUACCUACAAUAGAUACUAACAAUAUUUAUAAUAUAUAGUUUUCAGCUAUAAAUUAUAUAAUUAGUCUUUUUCUUUUUUCAAAAUAAAUAAUAGGAAAUCCUUACAAAGACAAUCCCAGAUGACCAAUAAGGAAGAAAAGAAUUAGAGCAUAUAUUUGAAUAGAAAUUAUUUAUAGCAGUCUGUUUAGUAUUAAAUUUUUUAACUUAGAAUUGUUUACAAAAUGACUGAAGAACUAAAGAAAAUAAUUGUCCAAGACCUUAAUCUUAAGAUUGGUGGAGAUAUCAAUGAUCUUAGCAAUGCAUAUGAACUUGAAAAUGAUUUAUUAGUCAGAAGGAAUCAACUUCAGAGUAGCUUAAAUGUUGUGAAUGAUGAGGUCCCAACAAAGCUAUCUUCAGCUGUAACAAAAGCAGAAUUGAAUUCUAAACAAAUAGAAACUUUCAAAGAAAAGAGUAUGGUGCUGAAAUCAAAGGUUGAAAAUUUCCUUGAAAGAACAAAACCAUUAUGCUUGGAGCUAGACAAAAGGUUUCAGGCUAUACAUAAGCUAGAAUAUGUUCUUGAUUAUCUCAAGUCAUUUGAAAAGGUAGAUGAUCUUAGCCAUCAAAUGAAGCAAUGUAAUGAUGACGAACAAUUAGUGCUAUGGUAUCUAGACCUUAAGGACAUGAGUAAAUCGUACACAACAAUACAUCGGGCUGCUUAUGUCACAGAAUAUACUCAUUAUUGGCAUAAUGUGCUUAAAGAUAAAUUUACUAAGCAAUAUGAAGAUUAUUUAAAACUGCUAAAGUGGCCAUUCACACCAAACAAAGAAAACUCCCCACCUCCAAAAGAAAUUCUUGCGAAGUUUAGUAAUUUAACAAGAUAUCUUUUUCUUAUUGAAGGACAAGCCAAUGAAUCGGUUCCUCAGGAUCUUGAGCAAGAGCAAGACCCAUGUUUGCCGGUACGUAUUCUACUUAAGCCGUUAAAGAAGAGGUUUACAUUCCAUUUUACGGGAUCGCGACAGACUGCACGCAUCGACAGACCAGAGUGGUUUCUUACACAGACCCUUACUUGGAUAAAGGAUCACCAGACAUUUGUGAAGACUCACGUACAGCCGGUGGCAAAUAAAUUGGAAUUGAAGAAUGUUAGAGCAGUUGAUGAAUUUAAUGCUGGUAUAAUCACACUAGCAGCAGAGAGGCUUCAUACAGUUUUAGGACUGUACCAAACUCAAGGUUCUAAGGGCGAGAUAGUGGACACGGAUGCUGCGUUUGCGCAUGCUGUCGACGAAACACUAGGCUUCCACAGAGAGUUGAUGACAAUUACUGGGAAAGAAACAAAUAGUGUUCUGUCAGUGUUGACUAAAGCAGAGAUAUUUGUACGGUGGUUAGCAGUUGAAAAGAAAUAUGCACUUACGAAAAUGGAUGAGACCCUCGGCAGCGAGCAAUGGAGUGAGGCGGUCGCGGCGGGCGUAGGAGCAGCCGUGGGUUCCGUAGUAUGGGUCCCUAGGGGUGCAGAUUGGUUCAUAGCAUUGUUGAAGACUAUUGAAGAUAGAUAUGCCACUUUGCCGCAACCUGGACAUCGUCUCCAGUUUCUGGAACUACAAUUAGAAUUAAUUGAAGAGUGGCGUGUGCGUCUAACGCAACUGUUAAAUGCUGCUGUGAGCACCUUAUUAGCUGAGACAUUCCUAGUAGCGGAUUCCAGUCCGCACCCGCUCACCGCUGUCAUCAACGCUGCACACCAUACAAGGACGAUACUGUUACAAUGGGCUCAUUCUUUGCAUUAUCUGCAACUGCAUUACUACCGGCGACAGUUCCAACAUUUCACACAGCAACAGCACCGCGACGAUGAUACAGAGACUACCACCAGCUCGUCAGAUGAUGAUGAGGACGGAACAGAAGAGGAAACUAGUAGAAAAGAAGGAGAAACUGAUGAAACGAUGUCGCUAAAAGAAGUAGAGCUUCGUGCGAAAAAAUUAGCCUUGAAUGACAUAUCCAGGCAAAACUCCAUGACUGUGAAUGAAAUGUCCCAAUUUGAUAUUACGUCACCUAUAGCUAAUUUAGCGGUAACGGAGCCUCUGUCUGGCGAUACUGAUGCUGAAGAAGCGGGCGUGUUUGCUGAAGCACCUGCAUUGUUGGCACAUUUGAGAGAUGCUGGUUUAGCCGCUCUGACCGAACAUAUAUUGCUCGAGUUCAAAGCUGGAUUAAGAGAUUAUAAGAAACAGAAAUGGCAUGCAUUGCUGAUGGUGGAGGAGAUGGCGUUGAGUGUAUCUGUCCCUCUCUGCCGGCCGCUAUCUUCACUCUGUGCACGUUUGACUUCAGCUGCGUGUAAAUUGGCACCAGCGUUGACUUCACGACUUCGUGCUCAUUUAGCCAACGAAGUAGACCAGUACAUUUUUGAGGAGGUUGUUUUAGAAAGUUGGUUCAACACUGGUGGAACUAUGCAGUUUACGCAUGAUGUCAAAAGGAAUCUAGUCCCUGCAUUUGCGCCCCCGAAUAAAAUUGCAUCUCAAGUUAACCAACUGCCAAAGCUUUUAGAAGCUUGCAAGUUACUCAACAUGGAUUACGACGACGCAAGGAGAUUACGCGCUUCCCUCGCAAAAAGGACGUCAGCUAGCGCGGAACAACUAACCGGCCAAGGGAUCAGACACAUUCAGCCUAACGAAGCGUUACAAAUACUGAAUCAACGAACGGAUCUGAGUGACUCCAACUCGCCUACAUCUGUGAUGGAGUUAUUCUGA